AUGGAGGUCGCCACGGGCGCCGUCUCGUGGGUAGAGAAAGCGGAGGGCGAGACGGUGCUGCUGGGCUGCACCUGGACGGUCGAUCCGGCGCCCACUGAACACCUGGACGUGGAGUGGUUCAUGCAGAUGCCCACCACCAACAUCCAUUUGGCCACGUACGUCAGGGGCGUGGAGCACGUCUACCCGGAGUACGCGUCCCGCAUGCGCUUCGCCCGCAACGUGACGCAGCGGGACGCGUCGCUGAAGAUCGUCGGGGUGCAGACGCGAGACUACGGCUUCUACACGUGCAAAGUCAAGUUCGGCGCUUUCAUCCAGCAGGUGUCCGUCAAGCUCAUCGUGCUGGUGAAGCCGACCCAGCCAGUCUGCGUGGUGAACGGUUCGGCGCAGCAGGGCAAGGAGCUGUCGCUGCAGUGCCAGUCCGCAGAGGGGACGUCGCCCAUCAGCUACGAGUGGAGCAAGGGCGGCGCAGAGGAGCCAUUACCGUCCGUGCUGAGAGGAACGCUGCGCAUCAGGGACGUGAGUGUUAGCCACUCGGGGCUGUACCGGUGCAACGCGAGCAACCGCGUGGGCUGGAGGUCGUGCGUCGUCCUGCUGUCCGUCGUGACACCGAGCAGUGACGCCGGCCUCGUGCCGGGCGCCCUGAUGGGCGUGCUGCUCGUCGUCGCUGCGACCGGCUUCCUCCUCUGGUACCGGCUGCUCAAGCGCAAGCCGGGGCGGCACCACGACCGUCGCAACGACGUCUGGAUGGACGACUGCCUCCCCGCGUCGACGAGCCUCCCGCCCGCGACCCACGACCCGCCCAGCACCCGCACCUCCAUCGGCUCUGCGGCGACGCCCUCCGACGGCCUCCUGGCGGCUCUGCGACGCCCGGCCCCGGGCGGGCCGACGGGCCCCGGCGGGCCGAGGGGCGCCCCCCCGGGCAGGCCGCCCUACGAGCGAGCGGACGGCCGCGUGAUGGAGUAGAGCGGCGUGUGAGAGCGCCGCUCGCAAGGCAGCGGCGGCAGCGGCGGCGACGACGGGGCUCGGGCCUCGGGGCGAAUCCGCCGCGGUUCCGUCGACAUCGCCCCCAUCGCCACUUCCCCGUCUCGUGCGCCCGAUAUUAGGAAGCCAACUGGAGCUUGAAGUUUUCGUGACUGCAAGGAUCCGUACUCUUUGGUUCGUUCGGUAAGGUCACGAUUGAGAACCAAUUUCUCUAGAAGUGAUUCUUGUGUUUGGUUUUGUUGUCCUUCCAACGCACCUCCGAUCAGCACGGCCGACUACGUGCGGUGCGGAAAAAACUCCACGCACACGCGCGCACGCCAUUUCAGUUGGUCUGUCGGCAAAAAAACCGGAAUGUUGACGUCGCGAGCACAAACUCCGACAAUAUUACACGUACGACGUGUCGCUGGAGAUUACCGCCUGCGUCGUCGUCACCGCCGCCACCGCCGCCGCCACGUGUUUAACAAACGCUUAGUUCUCGCGUGAGCUGAACUUUAGUAAAAUUGGCGCGUGAAAGAAGACGCGUAGGCGUUAGGCAAAGUUUGUUUUUAUAUGCGGAGGCAGAAUAGAGUUGCGCUCGUUGCUUUCUCGCGCCAGACGCCCCGUCUCGUGUAGCAGCGGCCCCUUGGUGGAGGGGGGCGGAGGGGGGGGCGAGCGAGAGACCGCGAUUGGUCGGCAGGGGGCCGUCUGAUCCCUUGAGGCUCGAUUGUAUUAGAGAAUAGUUGUACGUAUACACUUAUUUUUUUACGAUGCUUUUCAUCGUAGCAAAUGUAACGCUCCCUCCCCGCCACCCCCCGCCACCCCCUAGUGCAAUAAAUGUUAUUGGCGCGAAUCGGUAAAUGGUAUUCUUAGGUUUUUUCGGUAAAGUCACCGUGUAGGUAAAACAUCAAAAUUAAUAAAAAUAAAUAAAAUAAAACAAAAAUCACGACGUUUCGGAGGCAACACAAGUCUCCGUCAUCAGGUGGGACCGUGAUUUUUGUUUUAUUUUAUUUAUUUAUUUAUUAAUUUUAAUGUUUUACCUACACGGUGACUUUACCGUAAAAACCUAAGAAUAUGAACCCUUGCAGUCACGAAAGCUUCAAAUCUACGGUAAAUGGUACUCCGGAGAGAGAGAGAGAGAGAGUGGGUAGCGGUGGGGUGGGUGGUGGUGGUUCCAGAUAGAUGUGCGAUCACGAUUUAAAAUGUUUAAACGCGUAGCUCCGGUAGCGCAUGUACCGCGCGUGCCUCUCUCGCCCCGCCCUCCACCCCGACGCGCGAUCGGCUGACGGUGGAAUCGGCGGCGGGGUGAGCGAGCGAGCGAGCUAGUCGGGCAAAAAAGGUUUGUUCAGUUGUCGGGGGUUCGGAUUAGAGAAUCAAAUCUUUAAAAUCCGCCGUUUUUUGCUUUUUUAUGUUUUUUUUGCGCAUUUUGACCUCGCGGCGAUCGCGAGCUAAACGAGGGGGGCGUGGCUUGCUGGGGUGGGCGGGGCACGGCGAGGGGGGGUUUCCUGCCUUCGCGAGUCACGAAUUGGCUUGUCGCAGGGACUCCCUCUACUCGCGAGCGAAUUCGUCUUCCGGAGGUCUGUCGGUUUGUCAGCGAGCCGGUGUUUUUUUUUAAAUCCUUUAUAUUAAGUUCACUCGCUUGCUUGCUUAGGACCGUGCAAAUCUUUCGGUCGUUUUUUAACCCACUUUCCGUGAUCCAAUCGAGCUGACAUUUUGCACACAGACUCGUUGUGCGUGACAAUGCAUUUUCGUGAGAAAAAAAAUUCCAAAAUUUUACACUGUUUAGGAAAAUAUAUAUAUAUUUAAUUACCAAUUGUUUAAUGCUGCCAGACAAUCAUCUGACCUAUAGGUGGCAGCCGUCUCAAGCCAGAGGACGAGAGGACUCUAGCCGCCCCGAUUCCACGCAUAUAAAGGAUUUGUAGUGAAAAACUUUGUUUUUACGGGUUUUUCUUGUUUACGAGCCGAACGGUGCCACGUUCCGCAAGAUAACGGCGCGGGGACUUGCCGUGUCGCUGUGGAGUUUCGUGUCAAACUGAGGGGGGUGGGGGGGGCGGUGGGGGGGUGGGGGGACCCGCAUUGAAUAGAGAAGGGGGGAGGAGUGGGGGGGUAUUUGCCUCUUGAGGUCUGGAAGUUUCUCCGGCCUUGCCUCGGGCAAAGCCUGUCAGCGUCGCACGCAAUGACGCCGUCGCCUCGGCCAACAAGGUUUGUUUUAGAUUUGAAGCUUUCGUGACUGCAAGGAUUCAUACUCUUAGGUUUUUCGGUAAAGUCACCACGUAGG